AUGGCGCCAACGCCUACCGCUACUCAACAAGCCCUGGGCAUCGCGGAACUUCUCGAGAAUAUCUUGCAACGUCUCAUCUUCAUGGAGGACCCCUUACCCAUUUCGAAAUUGGGCCUCUCCUCUACCAAAAUCUCGCGAGCAAUUGAGGAGAUAUUGUUCCAGGUACAGAGAAGCCCUACCGCUAGUUGGAUCAAAUCUACGCUCUCGAAUCCCGCUGUCACCACCGUCAGCUUGGUUAUGCACCGGGAGAUCUCAAACCGCUCUACCCGGGUACACUUUGUCCAUCGCUUCAAAAGCUUCCGUCGCGCUACUGGUGUACUGGUUGAGGAUCUUCUGAUACUUCUCGCCAGGUACUUCGUCGAGCGGCUCGAAUUUGCUGGGAGUUCUAACGCGCUCUACGUCCCCCAACAAGAUCUCGCCGCAGCUAACGAGCUCACGAGACUACUGGACCCGGUCGGUUACUUCUACUUGGCCAAGCCUGAGCCAAGUCUGGAUUAG